AUGCUGGAGCACGGGACUGAUAUCAAACCGUUCAUUGCGACGAGGAUCGACGAUGUCAAACCCCCAAAACGAUUUCCCUGGGCCAGGCCGAAACCCGUCGGCCCUCCGAAGAUCUGUAUAACCAGCGCGUUUAUUGUCGUCGUCAUCAAUAUCAUCCUCACCAUCGUCGCAUUCAGCAUCGGAUACUCAAAACACAGUCCGAACGGCUUCGUCACUGUGCCGUUAUACAUCGGAAGCUGCACCCUAUCGAAGAACUGGUCGAUCGGAUUACAUGUGUUGAUCAACGCAUUGGGAACGGCCAUGUUGGCAGCGAGCAAUUAUUGCGCGCAGUAUCUCGCCGCCCCGACGAGAGAGGAUGUUGAUCAGGCGCAUGCGCAUGGAUCCUGGAUGGAUAUUGGAAUUCCGAGCCUGAGGAAUAUUCGGAGGAUGAAGUGGCAGAAUAAAGCCCUCUGGAUUGUCCUGAUGGUGACAUCACUGCCAAAUCAUCUAAUAUACAACUCGGUGAUCCUGAAUGCGAGAUCUUCCAACGAAUAUACCGUUAUGGUUGGGCCCCACGAUUACAACGGCUCGAAACCGCUCAAUGUCAGCGACGAAGUGGCCUCUUGCUUCCCCAAGAAAUUAGGCCAGUCAUACAGCCAGUUGAACGGCGAGAUUGAAACAGGAAACUUUGACGUCCUGACUAGAGAGCAAUGCAUGAAAAAACUGGCCGUCAACUUCCCAUCCGGUCAAGGAACCGUCAUGAUUCUGUCAAACAAUCUCACAUUAAACGAGGAAUACCCGUUCGCAUCGGCCGGUCUUGGGAACGCGAUUCAUGAUUUGUCGAUGGAUUGGCCGUCCUAUCAGUGGAUGUGCCCCUUAACAACGCCUGAUGGAUGUCCCUUGAGAGAAAUGGAAGAAAAUAUCGACAAUUGGUCUGUUUCUGCCAUCCCAUGGGUGGGUUCCGACUGGGAAGUGACCGUUCCGGCUGAGAACGAUCAGACCGUUACUUAUCUGAAGAGCAACUAUACUGGUUGCCCUGGCUGGGCCAAUACGACAUACUGCGAUGACCUUGCCCGCGUUGCGUAUAUGGCAUGGGAAUAUGGGGGUGCUUCCGCCCGUAGAUUCAAUUCAAGCUUGCACGACCUCGACCAGUGGGGGAAUUCUGACUGGGCCGCUGAGGUGCGCUUCAAACAAGCCAAGGUUACUUGUCGGCCUACAGAUACUUCCAUGCACGUGGGUGAGAUGGGCGAUAGCUACACGGUGGACGGGUGUUUGAGCAUGCAUGUGGAUGAAAGCUGUCAGUUGCUUUUUAUUCCGUCUUUUGCAAUCGUGGUAAUCGGCUGUGGUCUCAUUAAACUGGCUUGCAUUGCCGUAAUAGCUCAUCGUGCAUCGACCAAGAAGCUUCUUACCGUCGGGGAUGCCAUUGCCUCAUUCCUUACCCACCCCGAUCCCCAUACGAUGGAACGCUGUCUGACAUCGAAGAGUGACUGGACCGCCGGGCAUCCCAUUUGGAAGGGACAAGGACACCACCAACAGGUCUCGAUCAGGCCGCGGGAACUGUUGAAUAAGACCAAAUGGUGGUGGCAGGCAGGUAGCCCAGUCUUAUGGACUUUGACUAUCUCACUGUGCUCGGUAGCUCUCGGUGUAGCAGGCUAUCUUCUCGACCAAGGCCUACAGGACAACCGAUUGCAAAUGCUCGGCGGUUCUGACAUCAAAUCGCUGUGGAAUCUCGGAUUAGGGACCAUGAGCUUUGCCACCACGAUCGCGCGCACCAAGAGCAGCAUGAUGGCCAACGUUCUUCUGGCCAACGUCCCACAGCUCUUUGUUUCCUUUUCUUAUUACUUCUACAACGCCCUCAUGACCUCUAUGAUAGUAUCCAACGAAUAUGACCACUACGCCAUUGGCACCCCUACAACUGACAUCGUCGGCAAUCCCACGAUAAGGCCAAAUAAAGCCCUGCGAGUCUCUAGCCAUGCGCAAGGCGUUCAGCGGGUUUCCUAUUUCCUGGGUCUUCCGUCUCGUUACAGCUUACCGUUAAUGAUCACCUAUGCUCUGCUUCACUGGCUGGUCUCGCAGAGUCUGUUUUACAUCCGUGUCCUCUACUACGACGUUCACGGGAGGUAUGUCGAGUCGGCGGAUAUCAAUGCCUGCGGGUGGUCACCCAUGGCGAUUAUCCUCGCAAUCGCGGUGGGUGGAUUGAUGGUCUUGGUACUCUUUCCCUUGGGGAUGAGGCGGUUUCGAUCCCAGAUUCCUCUGGCGGCGAGCUGUAGUGCUGCGAUCAGUGCGGCUUGUCAUCCUCCGCCGGGGGACUCGGGGGCUGCGCUGAGGAAUAUCGUAUGGGGAGAGGUUACUGGAUCUUCGAUCGCAAAUACAGCAUUUGAGAGUGAGGAUACGCAGAAGAUUGCUCACUGCUCCUUCACCUCGCAGGAAGUCAGAAUUCCAUCUGCACCAAAGUUUUAUGUAUAA